AGCGAUCUUACAUUUAAAGUAAGAUUUCAUUUAAAAUUAUCUAAAUCGAGUAUCUUAUAAAAAACAUUGUAUAUUUAUAAAAAAAAAUUGGAAUUCAUAAAAUAUCAGAAGUGAUAUCAACGCCAUCGUGUAGAAACCAGCUUGGACACCCUGAUAGAAAUCUUUGAUUCUUUAUAUAAAGAAUGGUAUAUUUGACCGGUAUCCAAAUUGUUAAUUGUUUAAAAAAUGGCUGUAGCAUUGUGUAAACUAUCUCGAUUCUCAAGAAGUUAUAAAUAUUUAAGGAAUUAUGAUAAUUUUAAUAUAAAUAAUCGUUCGUCGUCGUUUUGUACAGUAGCUCAGCAACCAAAAUCAAGAAAUUUAUUAAAAAUCGGCAUUAUAGGUGCAACUAUUGGUGUUAUAGGAGGAACAGGUUAUUCUUUUUAUAAAAUUAGUGAAGACAGAAAAAAUUUAGCUUUAGAUGGAACACCUGUAAAUCCAACCCAAAUAUUAAAACAUAAACCAUCUAUUACACCAUCUAGAAAGGUCACUUUUCCUGUAAAUACAACUGGAUUAAAACUUACAUUGUAUCAAUAUCAAACAUGUCCUUUUUGCUGUAAAGUUAGGGCUUUUUUAGAUUAUUAUGGAAUAUCUUAUGAUGUGGUCGAGGUGGAUCCAGUAUUGCGAAAAGAAAUUUCUUGGUCUUCUUACAAAAAAGUACCAAUACUUCUUGUUCAAGUAAAAGAUGGUUAUCAACCUUUGAAUGACAGUUCAAUGAUUAUAUCAUUAUUGUCGUCUUAUAUGCAAGAUAAAUCUCAAAAUGUCUCAGAAUUGGUAGAAUAUUAUCCAAACAUAGCUAUGCAUGAUAAUGAAGGAAAAUUUAAAUAUGAAAUAAUGAAUAAAUAUUUCCUUAUGUAUAAUAAAAUGCCUCCUGAGGAUAUUUCAAUGAAUGCUAUAACAGAAGAACGUAAAUGGAGACAGUGGACAGAUGAUGUAUUAAUUCAUACUCUUUCACCAAAUGUAUAUAGGACAUUGAAUGAAGCAUAUGAAACUUUUGAAUGGUUUUCUGAGGUUGGUCACUGGAAGGAAUAUUUCCCAUCAUGGGAACAAAUGUUAAUAGUUAAUGUAGGAGCAUGUGCUAUGUGGUUGAUAGCAAAACGUUUGAAAAAAAGACACAGACUAAAGGAGGACGUUCGCCAAUCAUUGUAUGAUGAAGUAAACAAGUGGUUAAAAGAAGUUCAUGUAAAUGGAACUCCAUUUAGGGGUGGUCACAAUCCAGACCUUUCAGAUCUUGCAGUAUAUGGUGUUCUAAAAAGUAUUGAAGGAUGUUCUGCUUUUAAGGAUUUAUUAAAGAAUACAAAGUUAUCUAAAUGGUAUAAUGCCAUGAAAGAAAGAGUUGAUUCAUAUGCUGGAAGUACACUUGUAAAUGGUUAAUUUAUUCAUUAUAGAGUUCUGUGAUUUAAUUCAAUUUUCUUCAAAAAGAAAAUGUAGUAUUGUAUUAAAAUAAUUGUAAAGUGAUUUAUGAAUUUAUACAGAUUAACUUUAUUUUAUUUCUUGCACAAUUACAAAGUUAACCAAUAAAUAAUUUCAACUGUU